CUCAUCAUAUUUACCACACCCCCCACUCGAUUGGCCAUCACUUCGUGGACCAGUUAGAUGUUUUGCAUAUUGAGAGUUGUCAUUUUUACGUAAAUUGCCUUAGCGAAACGUUCUAUAGUGCGAUACUCUGGAUGUUGACAAUGUGCUUAUAUUUUUGUAUGAAUUUUUUGUGUCCUCGUGUAAUGCUUUCUUAGCCUAUUGAUGUAAUUUCGUUUCAUUUUCAUCAAUUUCGUAUCCCGGUGAUUUUUAUUUCAAAUUCGGUGAACUUGUUUAUAAUUUGAACCGGUUUCAAUUUUUUAUUUUUUUAUUUUACUUACGUAUAGUGUGAAUUACUACCCGGUGAAAAUGGUUAGUGGUAUGUUUGAUACGUUGUCCACUUCGGUAAACGCGGUUUUACCCUCUAAUAAAAAUACGCGAAUAAAACGACCAAUGAAUUCGUUCAUGGUUUGGGCUACGGAGCAACGAAAAAUAAUUCGAAAACAGAAUCCGGACGCGGUUAAUUCCCAAUUAUCGAAACAAUUUGGAGCAAUAUGGAAGACUAUGUCUAAAGAAGAAAAGGCUCCGUACGAGGCGAAAGCCAAGAAAUUGACCGAAAUUCAUAGAUUGAAAUAUCCCGGUUAUAAAUACCAGCCCAUAAGAAAACAGAAAGCAACCAGCAGUAAAAAAAUUGAAAAAGAUGACCGGGCCAAUACGACAUGUUCAGCUUCACGGAUCAUGGCUAGCACACUAUUGUGUACUGGAUCUUUCAUCUAUAACUCUACCAAAGGUACAUCGAUUUCUUCUGGCACUUUUCCGCAGUAUACCAAAGGUCCGAAUUGUAUUAAAACACCGCAGCCAUUUACUACCACGGGCCCUCCGAAUGUGAUUUCAACUCAACUUCCUAAUUCGGGAUAUUAUUCCAGUUCUUCGGCUGUGAUUUCGUCUCAAUUUCGUAAUUCAGGACAUUAUUCCAGUUCUUCGGCUGUGAAUUCGUCUCAACUUCCUAAUUCAGGAUAUUAUUCGAGUUCUUCGGCUGUGAAUUCAUCUCAACUUCCUAGCUCAGGAUGUUAUUCCAGUUCUUCGGCUGUGAAUUCGUCUCAACUUCCUAAUUCAGGAUAUUAUUCCAGUUCUUCGGCUGUGAUUUCAUCUCAACUUCCUAAUUCGGGAUAUUAUUCCAGUUCUUCGGCUGUGAAUUCAUCUCAACUUCCUAAUUCAGGAUAUUAUUCCAGUUCUUCGGCUGUGAAUUCAUCUCAACUUCCUAAUUCUGGACAUUAUUCCAGUUCUUCGUCUGUGAUUUCAUCUCAACUUCCUAAUUCUGGAUAUUAUUCCAGUUCUUCGGCUGUGAUUUCAUCUCAAUCUCCUGAUUCAGGAUAUUAUUCCAGUUCUUCGGCUGUGAUUUCAUCUCAAUCUCCUGAUUCAGGAUAUUAUUCCAGUUCUUCGUCUGUGAUUUCAUCUCAAUCUCCUAAUUCAGGAUAUUAUUCCAGUUCUUCGGCUGUGAUUUCAACUCAACUUCCUAAUUCUGGACAUUAUUCCAGUUCUUCGGCUGUGAAUUCAUCUCAACUUCCCAAUUCAGGAUAUUAUUCCAGUUCUUCGGCUGGGCAGUUUUCGGCUCACGAACCCUCCACUGGACAAAAAAAUUGGCCAACUUAUUCUACUUGCGGAGGUUCAGCUGACUUUUCCGCGGUGCCAUCAACAUACGCAAACCCACAGCCUUCAAUUCAACCUUUAUCAGAAACGGAACAAUGCGGUGAUCUUUCUUCCUGGUAUGAUGAUGAUGAAGUUAGGAGUGUUUUUCUUUCGGUUUAGUUCUUAAUUUUUUUUUCAAAUUCUAUGUAUACGUACGAGUAUAUUUUUAGUCACUUAAUUUUAAUUUUUUUUCUGGUUUUACUUUUUUAAAAUUAUAAGUACCAUACUUGUCUUUCGGUUUUUAAGCUUUUCUUAAUUAUUUUCUGGUUUAAUCCCGAGUGCAUUUUUAUUUUUAAUUAGGAUU